UCUGGGGGGUCGUUCUUGCCAGUCCCGGGUUGGCGGCCCUGAGACCUUGGCGGCCUGGGGAGGCUGGCAAGGCAGGUUCUCAAUUGCUGCUACCUUUCCCACCAGGCCUAUGGAGCCACGAGGGAUUGUCAAAGCCUUUCCCAAGAGGAAGAAGGUAAGGGAUGGCUCGGAGAAAAGCAUCCCUCCAAAGAUCCCGAAGGAGCAAGGAACAGAGAUACCUGAGGCAGAGUGGUUGAAACCAGUCGUUGCCUACGUGCUGCAAGCCGGCAUUGGCCAGGCCAGGGCCGAGAUCUUCCGCAGGCAGAUUGUGCACAACGGGGGCGUGGUUCACAGCCAGCUCUGCCCCGAGGUGACACACGUCAUUGUGGCUGAGCACAUGGACUGCCCCCGCGCCCUCCGGCUCCUCAGGCUCACCAAGCUGCCCCCGGGGCUGCAGCUGGUGAAGGCAGCCUGGCUUAGUGCCUGCAUUAGGGACCAGAAGCUGCUGAGCACUGCUGGCUAUGGUGUCUUUAUCCCUCACAGGUACCUGGAGGAGGAAGAAUUGCAGAAAGAACCGCAGCAGAUCCUGGACAGAGAAAAAGUGCAGCCCCCAGCAGAGGAGGGAGCAGUGAAACCAAGCACUGAAUCACAGCUGGAGGAUUCCUCACAGCAAGGCUUGGGCACCCUUGGGCAGCAGCGAGUGGCUGAGAAAUACUCUGAUGAUGAAGACAGUGAAGGAGAAGAUGCUGGUGUCACCCAGGGAGACCUGGAAGCGUUGAUUUCUGGCCGCUACCCUGUGAAAUCAUCAGAGGAGAUCAGUGAUAGCUCUGACACAGUGGCCCAGCCUCUCAGCAAGUGGGUUUGUGCCCAGUCUUCCAACACCAAGAAGGAAAAUCACAACCAGUGCAUCACAGAGAAGCUGGAAGUGCUGGCAAAGGCUUACUCUGUCCAGGGGGACAAGUGGAGAGCUCUGGGCUACUCCAAAGCAAUCAAUGCACUCAAGAGCUACCACAAACCAGUCACCUCCUACCAGGAAGCCUGUAAAAUCCCUGGGAUUGGGAAGCGGAUGGCGGAGAAGAUCCUGGAGAUCUUGGAGAGUGGGCACCUGCGCAAGCUGGAUCACAUCAGUGAGAGUGUGCCUGUGCUAGAGUUGUUUUCCAACAUCUGGGGAGCAGGGGUCAAGACAGCUCAGAUGUGGUACCAGCAGGGUUUCCGGACGCUGGAUGACAUCCGCAGCAAGGCUGCUCUGACCAGCCAGCAGGCCGUGGGGCUGAAGCACUACGCGGAUUUCCUGGAGCGCAUGCCUCGGGAGGAAGCUGCAGAGAUAGAGCAGACUGUCAGACAAGCUGCCCUGGCCAUCAAGCCUGGCCUCGUGUGUGUUGCCUGUGGCUCCUACCGUCGGGGGAAGGCCACGUGUGGAGAUGUGGAUGUGCUGGUCACUCACCCAGAUGGGCAGUCUCACCGUGGCGUGUUCAGCAAGCUGCUCAGCAGCCUCCGCAGGAGCGGCUUCCUUACAGACGACCUGGUGAGCCAGGAGGACAAUGGUGAUCAGCAGAAGUACCUGGGCGUGUGCCGCCUGCCGGGGCCCGCGCGGCGCCACCGCCGCCUGGACAUCAUCGUGGUGCCGUACCGGGAGUUCGCCUGCGCCCUGCUCUACUUCACGGGCUCGGCUCACUUCAACCGCUCCAUGCGCGCCCUGGCCAAGAGCAAGGGCAUGAGCCUGUCGGAGCACGCGCUCAGCUCGGCCGUGGUGCGGGGCCCUGGCGGUGCCAAGGUGGCCCCUGGGCACACUCUGCCCACCCCCACCGAGAGAGAUGUCUUCAUUCAGCUGGGGCUGCCUUACCGCGAGCCCUCCGAACGGGACUGGUGAGGCCUGCGCGUCACCCUGGGCUCGUGCUGUGCUGCUGCUUGGAAGGAUCUGAUUUCCCCGGAGGUGGAAAGGCUCUGUGGUGCCUGCAGGCUGAGGAACAUCUCCCAGCAAACUGGGGCUCCUUGCAAGUGUGAGGCCUGGCUGCUAGGCAGAGCCCUGUGGCUUCCUCAGCUCAGGCUGUGGGCUGGAACCACACUGGAAGUGCUCUCUUGGUGUGGCUAGCAAAAGGGCUCGCUGCCCAUCAGCUACCCUGGCCGUCCUCUCCCCAACUUUGGAAGACUGGGUUGCAGAACCUUGUGAUCCAGCCCCUGACAGUGCUUGGGAACAAAGGAAGUGGGGUGCAUCUUCCUCUGUAUCUGAGCACUGACGCUGUGAAAUUUCUGUUCUGAGCUGUGAAUGAAGGUAGCAGAGGUCUAGCUUGGUUCUGUGGCAAGCCUUCCUCCUCACUAGUGCUGGCAGCUGCUACUGCAGGAGUCUCAAGGGGUUAACCUGUGCUGCUGCUGUGUCCUUCUGCUGUGUCUGAGCUGGUGUGUCCUUUGAUGGGUCCCAUUGCACAGGGCCAGGCUGCUGUUGCUGCCUCCAGCUUUCCCUGAUGCCAGAUGAGUCUUGAAAGAGACAUAGGGACCUGAGGUUCUGUACCUGCUUGCUCCCAGCCUCGUGUUCUGAGGAUCCUCCAGAUUUACUCAGAGCCCUGGUCUGGCCCAAGACCUCUUUUCUUGGUGCAGGAGAGGAGCAGAGCUCACAGCUUGGGGAGCUGUGCUCAGGAGAGAUUUGAAUGUAUUGGCACUGAAUGUAACCCAGCAGCGCUGUGUGUCUGUCUGUAGGAGGCAUGGAGACAGAGAAAAA